CAAAGUGGAUCUGAAAUGUUUUGAAUCAGUUUCUAAUCAUGGAGCGAUCAAAAGUAAGAACGGACUGAUCAGACACUUGGUGGAUUCUACCCUUCAGACAUGUCCCCCGUUUCGGACUAAAAAGCAUUCGUCCUCAGACUCAGACACUCAGAGCAGGAGCGGAUAUUUGUUCCCCAGUGGCUCCGUCCACCUCUCAGGGAGAUGGCGGCGGCCAUCGCCAGCUCCCUGAUCCGUCAGAAGCGUCAGGCCCGUGAGUCCAACAGCGACAAGGUCGCCACCAACAAGAGACGCACAAGUCCCAGUAAAGACCCGAGGUCUCUGUGUGAGAGACACAUCUUCAGCGUCUUCAGCAAAGUUCGCUUCUGCAGCGGGAAGAAAAGACCCGUGCGACGGAAACCAGAGCCGCAGCUGAAGGGCAUCGUGACCCGUCUCUUCAGUGAGCAGGGCUUCUUCCUGCAGAUGCAGCCUGAUGGAGCCAUCAGUGGAAACAAGGACGAGAACAGCGACUACACUCUGUUUAACCUGAUCCCAGUAGGUUUGAGGGUUGUGGCCAUCCAGGGAGUGAAGGCUGGACUCUACGUGGCCAUGAACGCAGAGGGAUUCCUCUAUACAUCAGAUGUGUUCACAGCAGAGUGUAAGUUCAAGGAGUCAGUGUUUGAGAACUACUACGUCAUCUACUCGUCCACGCUGUACCGGCAGCACGAGUCAGGCCGGGCCUGGUUCCUGGGCCUCAACAAGGACGGCAUCAUCAUGAAGGGGAACCGCGUGAAGAAGACCAAACCCUGCUCACACUUCGUCCCCAGACCCAUUGAAGUCUGUAUGUAUAAGGAGCCGUCGCUGCACGAGCUCGAGGAGAAGCUGCUGAAGUCCUCGCGGAGCCCGACGAUUAACAGCGUGGAGCGGAGGGCUCUGGGGAACCAGGAGGAGGAGCAGCAGGAGGACUGCACAGAGCAGGACGGAUCAUAGCCUGCAGCGCCCCCCACAGGAGGAGGAGGAGGAGGAGGAGGAGGCGGAGGAGGCGAACUCCCAUUUUAACACUCCCUUUGUUCAGCAACAAAAGCAACUACAACCACACCAACGACAACAACAACCGCCACGAUGACGACGACGGCGACAACGAAAACAAAGAAAAAAAAAGAAGCUUAAAAAAAAACAAAAAAAAAAAACGGGGAAAAAUCUUCUUGCUCAUGUUGAAAUAUUUGAAA